GACCAAAGAUCACUCGCCUUCCUUUUUGGUAAAAUUAGUCCUUUGAUCAAACUGCCAUCAUCAUGACACUGAAACUGAAGCGGACGAGUCAGUCCCCUUCUCCAUUUUCAUGGGAUACACUCAGCCCACCACGCGCGGGUUCUCCGAAUGCCCCCGAAGUUACCGGUCUUCCUCCUCCGCCAACAUCGUGGCUUUCUGCCCGUGACAUGAAAAUAUUUGGUGCCCAGCCACUACGUGCUGACAUCGGCGUCGUGCGUUGUGCAGAAUGCGACAAGCCUAUCUUACGAAGCGCGAUUUCGGAACAUAUCAGCAACUGCAAUGAUAUUCGUUCUGGGAAGAAAUGGGUCAAGGGCAAGACGGCAGAUAGCGAAGUCGAGCCGAAGAAAGGCAAGAAACGGGCUGCAGACGGCGAGGAAGUGGAUGAAGGCGAGCCGUCUAAGAAGAAGACCAAGAUGACAAAGGGGCGUACCAAAGGCCCCGUGGACUAUGACAAGCAGUGUGGAGUGAUCAAUGAUAAAGGCCUCCCGUGCUCGCGCUCGCUCACGUGCAAGGCCCAUUCCAUGGGUGCGAAGCGUGCUGUUCAGGGUCGCUCGAAAGCCUAUGAUGAACUUUUGCUGGAGUGGAACCGUGCGAACAACCCUAACUGGGUUGAGCCGGUAAAGAAGGAGUCGAAGGCAGAGAAGAAGGAGAAGCGAGAGAAGGAGAAAGCGGAGAAGAAACGACUUGCCCAGGAGGCAGCAGCAGCAGCCGGAGUGGAAGGGAAGGGUAUGCCGAAGAAACCUGGUAGGAAGGCGAAUACGGCUGCCACUGCUGCCACGCAACUGGACGGCGAGGAGGCUGCUGAAAAUUUGGAUGAUAUAGAUUCGGAAGCAGAGGUCGACUCGCUAGUGAAGGCCGUGCAGAGUGCACACACACGGGGGAUCAUUGGAGUGCCACUGGCUGUCCCAUCGGCGGAGAGUUCGUGGUUUGUAUUGAGGAGAGAGCGCCUGAGAAACUGUCGAGACCUCCUAGCGAGUGCGCUCGUUCCGUCCAGCGGACGCAGCAGCAUUGCAGCGACUGUCUCCAGCAUGGCGCUGGGGUAGACUGUCGCCCUCCCGUUGUCACCCAUUUAUUUCAUCUACGACAUAUUCACGGAUUACUGGAACCUUUCUUCCUACCAAUUAUUUGGUUUGUUUCCCCCGCUAUUAUUAUCGUCAUUGUAGCAUACAUGUAGCAGUAGGAACCUUACGAACAUCAUUCAUGAAUAGCAUGCCAAUCUCCCAUUAA